AUGGAUUUUGAAAAAAAAUCACAUUUAAGUGCUCGAUCUAAAAGAAGACGAGUUCAAGAAGAAUUGCAAAGUGACGAUGGAGCUUUUUUAAUGGGUGAUUUGAAUAAUAGUCCAACUACAUCAAAAAACAGGGAAUCUUCUUUUCAAACAAACAUUAAUAUUUGCUCUAGUCAACCAGUCUCUCUGCAAUUAAAUGAAACAAUUGACAAAUCUCCAUCCUCUCAAAAUCCUCAAGAAAUAGAAAACUUAGAUUUGAUUUAUGAGUUUUUAAAUAACAAAUCAAGCAUAUUGACUUCAUCAGAAUCAGAAUCUGAACAAGAUGAAGAUAAUUAUAUUAAUGAAACAAGGUUAUGUGAUCAAACUUUUUUUUUUGGAACAUGUAUUGCUAAGUGGGCUGUCGACUUUAAUAUUCCACAAAAUGCAUUAAAUAAACUACUAGUUCUUUUAAAACAACAUAAAUGCUUUAACGAUUUACCUAAAGAUUCAAGGACUAUUUUACAAUCGAAAACAGUUGAGCCAUAUAAUUUUGAUGCUGUUGAACCUGGAACAUAUCAUCAUUUUGGUCUAUUGAAUGGAAUUAAAAACAAUCUUCCAGAAUGUUUGAAAGAUGAUACCGAUAUCCAUAUUGUGGUAGGCGUUGAUGGUUUACCAAUUUUCAAAAGUAAUCCAGAACAAUUUUGGCCUAUACUAGCAUACAUUCGCCCAGAAAAUAAUAAUGUAUUUCUAGUUGGACUUUAUUGUGGCAAAGUAAAACCUGCUGAUAGUAACAGUUUUAUUAAAUCAUUUAUUGAUGAGGCACUAUUAUUAAAAGAUACUGGUAUUUGUAUUAAUAAUAAAGUGUAUAAUCUAUAUAUAGAUGUAUUUUGCUGUGACGUGCCUGCAAAAACGUUUUUAUUAAAGACCAAAGGACAUUCUGGAUUUUUUUCUUGUUCAAGGUGCGAACAUGAAGGCAAAUAUUUAUCAAAUAGAAUGUGUUUUCCUUUUUCUUCUCCUACAAGAUGUCCACCUAAGAGGACACAUCAAAAUUAUGUAAUGCAAUCAAAUGAAGACCAUCAUGUUGGUGAUAUAUCUCUCAUAUCCUCAUUACCUUCAUUUGAUGUGGUCUCCGAUUUUUCACUCGAUUACAUGUAUUUAGUGUGCCUUGGUGUUGUUCGGAAAUUGAUUCUAUUGUGGAUUAAAGGUCCGGUUAGUAUUCGAUAUCCUUCAUGGAGAAUAAAAGAAAUAUCAAUACAUCUUGAAGAUAUUAAAGCUAAUAUUCCAUGUGAGUUUGCAAGAAAAACUCGUAAGCUAGAUGAAGUGAAUCGUUGGAAGGCAACAGAGUUCCGUUUGUUUCUGUUGUAUGUUGGUACUAUUGUUACUAAAAAUGUAUUAACUGUCGAACAUUGGAAACAUUUUUUUGGUUUAAAUGUAGCAAUGAUUAUACUUCUCAGUCCAGACCACGCUCAAUUUAUAAAUAUUGCCAGAAAAUUGUUAGACAAUUUUGUGAGAAAAUUUGAAAAUAUUUAUGGUCCGCAUCUGAUAUCCCAUAAUGUACAUGGUUUGACACAUAUUUGUGACGAUUAUGAAAAGUUUGGGCCACUUGACAACUGUUCUGCAUUUCCAUUUGAGAAUUUUAUGGGUUCCCUGAAGAAAAUGUUAAGGAAACCCGAUAAGCCUUUACAACAGAUUGUCAAAAGAUAUAAUGAAAUUUGUCAUUUAAAAACUAAAAUUCAAACUAAAAUUGCCCCAUAUCAACUUUGUGGACCACAUGUACGUGGACCAAUAUUAGAGAAUGCAUUAAAAGGAGACCAGUUUACUUCUGUUGUAUUAAAAAUGAAAAUAAAAACGCACAUAGAAGCUGACUCCUACCUACUUACUAGUGAUGAUAAUGUUGUAAAAGUUUUUAAUAUAAUAUGCAACCAAUAUUUAGAUGAUGUUAUUUUAAUAUGUAAAAAAUUCAAAAACCAACACAUAAUGUUUAAUGAUCCCAUAAAAUCAUCAAAAUUAGGCAUUUAUAUAGUUGAUAAAUUAUGUAAUAAUUUUAUUUGGUAUAAAAUUAGUAGUAUUAAAAAAAAAGUUAUGCUCUUACCUCAUAUUAACAAUACAUUUAUUGCUCUACCAAUUGUUCAUUCUACUGAAAUAUAA